ACGCGCUGGAAUGCAGUACCUAGGGCGGAAGUGCUCUCGGCGGAAGUGAUCGCUGUGCGACUCGUGGGUGGGAUGGCGGCGGGCCGACUCUUUCUAAGUCGGCUUCGAGCACUCCUCAGUUCCAUGGCCCAGAGCCCACUCGAGGGCGCUGCCUCCUCCAGGGGCCUGCAUGCGGGGCGCGGGCCCCGAAGGCUCUCCAUCGAAGGCAACAUUGCUGUGGGAAAGUCCACCUUUGUGAAGUUACUGAUGAAAACUUACCCAGAGUGGCACGUAGCUACAGAACCUGUAGCAACAUGGCAGGAUAUCCAGGCUGCUGGUGCCCAAAAAGCCUGUGCCGCCCAAAGUCUUGGAAACUUGCUGGAUAUGAUGUACCAGGAGCCAGCACGAUGGUCCUACACAUUCCAGACAUUUUCCUUUAUGAGCCGCCUCAAAGUCCAGUUGGAGCCCUUCCCUGAGAAGAACCCAGUACAGAUCUUUGAGAGGUCUGUGUACAGUGACAGGUAUAUCUUUGCAAAGAAUCUUUUUGAAAAUGGUUCCCUCAAUGACAUCGAAUGGCAUAUCUAUCAGGACUGGCAUUCUUUUCUCCUGCAGGAGUUUGCCAGCCGGCUCAUAUUACAUGGCUUCAUCUACCUCCAGGCUACUCCCCAGGUUUGCUUGAAGAGACUACACCUGAGGGCCAGGGAGGAAGAGAAAGGAAUUGAGCUGGCCUAUCUCGAGCAGCUUCAUGGUCAACACGAAACCUGGUUUAUUCACAAGACAACUAAGCUCCACUUUGAGGCUCUGCUGAACAUUCCAGUGCUGGUAUUGGAUGUCAAUGAUGAUUUUUCUGAAGAAGUAACCAAACAAGAAGAACUCAUGAGAAAGCUUGUAUCUAUUGGUGCCUGCUCUGAACUCCCCUCUGGACCAGCAGUUUUCACCUGAGGAAACCAUUAGCCUUUCUUCUUGAAUCCUUUACCAACUAGAUUUCCUGUGUGUUUACUUAUUCUGACAUUCCAGGGUAGGAAUGGUUCCCAGAACCCUCAACCAAGCCAUGCAUGAAGGGAAAUAGAGUGGCUAAGGAGUGGAGAGGAGCUCAAGUGUGAGCCCCCAGAACUAGGAAAUGGAGCCCAAACUCCAGGAAGUUUCUUUAUCUCUUCCCAUCUGCCACUCAUAGUAUGGGGGAUAGGGGUGAGGGAUUUAGUUUUUUGUGCUAGAGAUGAAGAACCUGGCCAAAAGAAAGAACGGGAGAAAACAUCAAGAACCCACGAGUUUAGCAUCUAACACAUUUAGGGUUGGUUGUCCUGGCAUUCUGGCUUACUCUAAAUACCUUAUCCAGUGAGUUUCAGAUGACCUUAAUGGAGUAAAUCUCUGUGCGGGAAAGAAAGAAAGAAAGAAAAUAGUUUUUGUGCUCCUCUUCAAGCUUAAUGGACAAUUUAUUCUUUUUUUUUUUAAAUAAAUAAUCAAGGCACAUGCCAUGAUGUCUGGCUAAUUUUCCU